GAAGGACAGGUCUGCCUCAUGACCAAAAAGAUGACAACUCUACAACUCUCCCAAAUACAGUAGAAUCCCGCGUUUUUUUUUUAUCAUGAGGGACCCGUGACAUUUUAGUUGUGAAAGGUGUUUGACAUACCUUUUCCUCAGGGUACAAGCACAACACAGUAGAUCUGCAGUUUUGACAUGGCUGACGUCAUGAACCAAACAACCACCCAUCAAGCUGUGGUCAGCGAUGGCGCCACUUCCCACUACAUCAAUGUGACCAGCUGGAGGAACAGCACCAGUGCCAGUGGCGGCUUUCAGUCCCCUUUCUCCCCAACCAUGGACAUGGCCAUCAGCGUCAUCACCAUUAUCAUCCUCUUUAUCACCAUGGUGUCGCUGGGCUGCACCAUGGAGAUCGCCAAGAUCAAGGCUCACAUCCUGCGGCCCAAAGGGGUGGCUAUUGCCGUGGUGGCGCAGUUUGGCAUCAUGCCGCUGACGGCGUUCAGCCUGGCGAAGGCCCUCCAGCUGAACCCCAUCGAAGCCGUCGCCGUGCUCAUCUGCGGAUGCUGUCCUGGGGGGAAUCUCUCCAACAUUUUUGCUCUGGCUUUGCAGGGCGACAUGAACCUCAGCAUCGUGAUGACCACAUGCUCCACGGUGUUGGCACUGGUCAUGAUGCCCAUCCUGCUGUACCUCUACUGCAAGGGCUUUGAGCUGGAGAGCGCCGUGCCCUACAAGGGCAUCAUGAUUGCUCUUCUCAUGACGCUGGUGCCCUGUGGGGUGGGCAUUGCCAUCAACCACUGGAUCCCUCGCUGGUCCAAGAUGGUCAUUAAGAUUGGCCUCAGCAUUCUUUUGAUCGCUUCUAUCGCCAUUGGCGUCAUGUCGGGCAUCACCAUAGGAACGAGCGUGUGGGUGGUGCUCUCUCCCAAUCUCAUGGUCGCCGCCUGCCUCAUGCCACUGAUUGGCUAUUUCCUGGGAUUCCUAAUGUCCUACCUCUGCAAACUAAACGGACAGUGUCAAAGGACCAUUGCCGUGGAAACUGGCUGCCAGAACAUCCAGUUGUGCGCCACCAUUUUGAAAGUGGCCUUCCUCCCCGAGGUGAUCGGGCCGCUCUACCUCUUCCCGCUACUUUACAUCGUCUUCCAGGGAGGGGAGGCCCUCCUGCUCGUCCUCCUCUACAGAUGCUAUCGAAUGUUCCACCGACCAGCUGAAGAACCUUCAUAUUGGGCAGUAAAUGGUAAUGUUGAAGCUGUGAAAGUUCCUGCUUGCUGAUGAGUGGACCUCUGCACUAUCUGAAAAGGGAACCUGAAGUCACCAUCCAUUCCAUCCAACUGUUCCGCUGCAAUGUUCUGUCACACAGAGAUGAGCCCACUGCUGUUCAUCCAACUGUUCCAUUUUAAGUGUUCCAUCUCGGCCAGACAGAUAUGACUUCACUCCUGUCCAUUCUGAAUGUUCCACAACCAGAGGCUCUUUUGGAGGUGUGACUUUCACACAUGCAGUAAUAGGCUACACCAAACCUCCGAAUCCAGUGCAAUGCUGCUGAAUCCUGCAUGGACACUGUGACAAGAGGAUGUCAUCAAAUCCAACCAAUCAGAACUGAAAGCUGCUUCAGAUCCAUGGCAUUCUGAACCAUAGCCAACAAGAAGCACAUGGACAGCAUGAUUACAGUUAGACUCUUACUGCUAAACUCACGAUUACUCACGGCUUUAUUUUAUUUUUUGUAAAAGUUUCAAAUGGUAACCUUUAAACCAUAACAAAUGGUCAGCACCUAAGUCUGGGACAGCUUAGAAGUCGAGAGGACUAACUCACUGACCUGUGCACAAACAAUCCUAAGCCGUAUUUUGUGGUAUUUUACGUCGCAAUGCGGUACAGGAGCUCUCAAUCGCGAGGGAAUAAUUGUGCAUUAUAACCCUACAUGUCUUCAUACAGAUUAAUUUAAAAAAUGUUGCAAAGACACUGCAUCAAUUUCAUUAGGUUAGUAGGCUAUUUGAUUGGUCUUACUCUUUAUUCGUUUAGGCUAUUUAUUCAUCAUCUUCCGCCCUCGCAGUAGGGCCUAGCGCGCGCAUUUUCACCAGCAAAACCUGUCACCUGUCACUCAUCAGCGUAAAGGAGGUUUUUGCAUCAUUCCCACAUAAUCAUCAGCCAAUCAAGGUGGUCACUUCAAUCAAUCUUGUGCAUUAGUAAUGACGUUUAGGUUUUAAGAGAAAACUCCUAGCUAAAAACUUUUAGUAGUGGUUUUCGACAAAAUUUGGUAUCGAUCCAAUACCAAGUCUUUGAUCGAUUUACUUUAAGCAGUAAAUAUAGGGCCAGUAUUGCCGAUACUUAUACUGAUAUUUUUUACUAAAAGCAGCUUAUGCACUUUUAUGUAGGGGAGAGCAGUAUUUCAUAAUUUAUGACAUGAAUGAAACAUCAAUAUGCUAAAUUUGAAUACAUUUUCACCACUAAAUGAUUUUGUGAUUUCCACUGUUAAUAAUUUACAAACAUUGCAAUAACGAAACACAAAGUGUGCAAUGUGCAUGCAAGAUGUGAAAGGAGUGGUGUUUGCGCGACUGUAGGCUAGUCCUUGGUGAAACAGGAACGGAUUGUGAACAUAGACGAGAUAAACUGAAAUUAAAGUAUCGAUGCCAUCACGCUGGUAUCGAUCCGAUACCAAUACCAACAUUGGCAUACUAUCGAUAUUUGGAAUGAUAUGCCGAGCCCUAACUUUUAGUGUGAUUUAGGAGUACUCCUAGCAGUAAGAUAAAAUGCUUUGUGAAUACGGCCCACGAUUUUUACACUGGGAUAAGCUAUGCAUGGGAAAGCAUUUCUUUUCUUCAUUCCUUUUUUCUGAUUAAAUUACGAUCUGAUUCAGAUUCAUUCAGGCUAUUGGGCACUGCUGUUACAUGACGCGGUCAAAACACUUUGUCGUAAUUUCAUCCAACUUAAAAUACUGUCGUGAGGUUUAUACCCGAUGCGGCAAAUACACAGGAAAUUACUGUAAUCAUACCUUGUUUGUGUUUUGUGUUGAGUUCAUGCAGGGUAGCCUAUAAGAUACAUUAGAGCAUUGACAUAAAAAUAACAAACUUUAUAUUUAGAAUGUCUCAGUAUAAGGUUGGACGAGUAAUGUAUCUCUAUAUUUUUUCAAAAUUACAAUUUUACAGUGGACCAAAUAAUUCUACAAAUGGUUUUAUGUGUGCUUUAUCUCAAGUCUCCUGAAAGUCAUCUGCUGUGCUUUCAAAUGGUAAAAUGCUGCCAUCUAGUGGAGAUCAUGCCAAACCUGACCUAUCCAAAAUUGCUCACCAGAGUGAACAAAAGAGGCAAUACAAUUAAAAGCCAUUAAAUAAGACAAGCUAACACACUUAGAAAGAGUAUUUAAUUAGAAACUGUUACAUGGUAUAUACAGUGUGGAAUUAAAUUACAUUUUAUACAAACAUUGAGCAUAGUCAUCCA